CGCACACAACGGGUGCUGCGUUAUGCAGUGGAAGUAAUAGAAAGUGGUCAGCACCAACAAACAAACGCAUUUCGUUACAUAUACAUAUUACAGACGAUUCAGAGCGCGAUUCCAAAUUCCUUUCUCUCUCUCUCUUCAAUGGCAGGAAUCCGCUUGCAACCGGAGGACUCCGACGUCUCCCAACAGUCUCGAGCGGUGGCUGUCGCCGCCUCCGAUCUGGUCUCCGACGACGACCGCUCCGUAGCCGCCGAUUCCUGGUCAAUCAAGAGCGAGUACGGAAGCACUCUGGACGAUGACCAGCGCCACGCCGACGCUGCCGAAGCUCUCUCCAACGCCAACCUUCGACCUAACUCUGAUUACAGUUCUGAUAAGGAUGAACCCGAUUCUGAAGCGGUCUCAUCCAUGCUUGGAUUUCAGAGUUAUUGGGAUGCUGCAUAUGCGGACGAGCUUACAAAUUUUCGUGAACAUGGUCAUACUGGUGAAGUCUGGUUUGGAGUUGAUGUGAUGGAAGUUGUUGCAUCUUGGACAAAAGCCUUGUGUGUUGAAAUUUCUCAAGGUCGCAUACCAAAUGAUGUUGAUGCUGUUAAGGCUGAAGCUAGUGAACUAGAUGAUAAACUUUUGUCUAGUUGGAGCGUGUUAGAUAUUGGAACUGGCAAUGGUUUACUUCUUCAAGAAUUAGCUAAACAAGGGUUCUCUGAUUUAACUGGAACUGAUUAUAGUGAGAGGGCUGUCAACCUUGCCCAAAGCCUUGCUGAUCGUGAUGGAUUUUCCAACAUCAAAUUUUUGGUUGACGAUGUCCUUGAGACUAAGUUAGAACAAGAGUUUCAGCUUGUAAUGGAUAAAGGGACGCUCGAUGCUAUUGGAUUGCAUCCUGAUGGUCCUGUCAAGAGGAUGAUGUAUUGGGAUUCUGUUUCGAAGUUGGUUGCUCCUGGUGGAAUCCUUGUGAUCACAUCAUGUAACAGUACAAAGGAUGAGUUGAUACAAGAAGUGGAAAGUUUCAACCAACGAAAAAUUUCUACUGCUCAAGAAAUUGAGGCAAGCAAGGACGAGGAAUCGUGCAGAGAGCCCCCAUUUCAGUAUGUUAGUCAUGUACGCACAUAUCCGACAUUCAUGUUUGGUGGAUCCGUAGGCUCCCGUGUUGCUACCGUGGCAUUCCUUAGGAAAUGAAUAAGCCUGUCAUUUUCACUUAUGAUUUAGGACUCUUGUCAAAUGGAUUUGAAGUUGUGUGUGCGUAAUAGGUAGAUGCAUGUUCCUAACUUGUUUUUUGUCGAGGGGUAAAUAGUUUUAUAAGAAUUAUGUGAAGUUUACCUUGUUCCUUUCUUUUGGGUGGAUAGUUGUUAUCGUUCGGAGUUAUACUUUUACAUUAGAAAGGGGAAAUACAACUGGUUCAGCGUGGCAAAAUGUUAUGUUACUGUGGUUCUUUGUUACUUAAUUACAAUGAGGUCGAUGGAACAAUAUAUAACGAAAAGUUCAAAAAACCCCCUAAA